AUGUCCAGAGGAAGUCAUCUAUCUGCUGCAUACACAGCCCUCCUCCUUCAUCAUCUUCUUCUUCUUCUUCCUUCAUCUUGUUCCCAAACAGCUUCCAAUAAUAUUACAGAUAAUAAAGAUGAUAUCGCUGAUUGUACCCGAAAGUACUACGUACAUGCAAUCAAUUACAAUAACUUCACAAUCCGACUUGUGGAUGCUGGUGUUCACAAGAUCAAGGACAACUACUUCUCCCACCCACUCUACUCCUUCACCCAGUUCAACUUUUCAUCUUAUGACCCUCUUUAUAUCCAUUUCUCAACCUCAACUUAUAUCUAUGGCGACAAAUUUAAUGGUUAUGGAGAUUAUAAAGCAUUAUCAAUGCCUAUAAUUUUCCUGAGCUGUGAAAAUCCAAUGAAUUCUUCUGAUGUCAUUGUUGAAACAGCUCCAUGCAUCAAUGGGAUCAGCAGCUAUUCUUCUUCCAAUUCCUCUUUCUCCAGUUUAACAACGUAUUCUUAUUUCAUGCUUGGGCGUGGCUACAAUUACAACGACAAUAAUAAUGGCCCAAUUCCAUACGAUUUGGGGGAUUCCUGCAAAAUAACACUAAUGGCUAUGGUGUCCCCUUCAACUGAGGAGGACAUGACAUCCUGCAAAGGAAUAUAUAAUGAAAUAGCGUAUGGCUUUCAACUGUCAUGGAUUGACCAGGCAUGUAUAGGAAAGUGCAGGUCAGAGGAAUAUUGCAUGCUGAACAGCAACGGCAAUGGAAUCUACUGCGAUCUCCCCCCGUCAACGACCAUAAUACCAAAAGAACGUUGGUACGUCAAGUUGAUGGACCGUUAUCUAGAACCCUUUAUUGACCCCAUAUAUAGCCUCCUCCACCUUGAUAGGCAUUUCCCUAUGGGUUCCACCAACGACUUUCGUAAUCGGCUCGUGGUCUGUUCAAUCAUUUACCCCGCACUAUACCUAGCAGCCAAAUUUUCAAUUGGUUUUCUCGUUGUAACUGCACUUCUAAUAUACAAAUGGGGAAGGAGGCACUUGUCAAUGUAUGACAAUAUAGAAGACUUUUUGAAGAGUAAUAAUAAUCUCAUGCCAAUACGGUAUUCUUACUCGAAUAUCAAAAAGAUGGCCAGAGGUUUCAAAGACAAAUUGGGAGAAGGAGGCUAUGGCUCCGUAUACAAGGCAAAGCUCCGCAGCGGUCGACUCGUAGCCAUCAAGAUGUUAUGUAAGUCCAAAACGAAUGGGCAAGACUUUAUCAACGAAGUUGGUACCAUUGGAAGGAUUCGCCAUGUUAACGUGGUCCGACUUAUUGGCUUCUGUGUUGAUGGUUCAAAACGUGCUCUUGUAUAUGAUUUCAUGCCUAAUGGUUCUCUUGACAAAUACAUUUUUUCUCAACAAGAAGCUAUCUCUUUGAGUUGCCAGAAAAUAUUCGAAAUCGCACUUGGAGUGGCUCAUGGGAUUGAAUAUCUCCAUCGAGGUUGUGAUAUGCAAAUUUUGCACUUUGACAUCAAGCCUCACAACAUUCUUCUAGACGAGAAUUUUACUCCCAAGGUAUCUGACUUUGGGUUAGCAAAGCUGUACCCAUUGGAUAAUAGCAUUGUAUCUUUGACUGCAGCAAGAGGAACUAUGGGAUACAUAGCUCCAGAACUGUUCUACAAAAACAUUGGAGGUGUUUCGUACAAAGCUGAUGUGUAUAGUUUCGGAAUGUUACUGAUGGAAAUGGCUGGUAGAAGGAAAAACCUGAAUGCAGGAAUAGAACAAUCAAGCCAAUUUAGCCAAAUCUACUUUCCCACAUGGGUUUCUGAUCAGUUGAAGGCAGGAAAGGACAUAGAAAUAGGAGAUGAUGCAACAGAUGAGGAAAAGAAGAUCAUAAAAAAGAUGAUGAUGGUGGCUUUAUGGUGCAUACAAAUGAAGCCUAUCGAACGCCCUUCAAUGAAUAAAGUAGUGGAGAUGCUUGAAGGAGAAAUUGAGAGCCUCCAAAUGCCUCCAAGGCCUUCCUUAUACCCACAACAAAUUCCUGCAGGUGAAGCUGGUGUGGACAAUCGAAGUCCCUGUGCAUCAAGUGCUUCAGAAUCUGAAGAGAUUACUUUGAUUGCGGAUGCAAAUUAA